AUGGCGCCCCCAAGAGUUGUUCACCACGAUACCUCAAUCGUUCAUAGUCCUGAAUAUGAGGAUUUUAUUGCAAGAGUCAGGUCCUAUCAUGAAAAGAGAGGAACACAUUUCGACGCUGAACCACGAGUCGGAACUAAGAGUAUCGACCUUCUACAUCUCUACAAUACUGUAAUUGAGCGCGGCGGUUAUGAUAAAGUCAGUGAUGAAAAGCUUGCCUGGAGAAAGCUCGGUGCAGAUUUUAAUCUGGGAGCCAAUAAUUUACCUGCGCUCGCAUUCAGUCUCAAAACAACUUAUUACAAAUACUUAGCCGCAUAUGAGAUCUCGACAUUCCAUGGCAAGGUGCCGCCUCCUCGUGAAAUACUAGAAGAUACAACCGCCAAGGGAGGGGGACUUCUCACUCGGACCAUGGACAAUUUCAGACCCUCCAUUCGCAGAGAUACAGGCAUACUUGGUACUGAAAAUUCCGAGGCUUCUGGCGACGAUGGUACACCUGUGCGCGAUAGAAAUGGAAGUGAAGAAACACCAGGCUCCGGAGGCAGAAUGUCUCGAGGCCUGCGACAAGCUCCCCCACAGCGAGUGUUAUUUCAACCUGAUACUCAACCAUCUAGACAAGUACGACAACAUCCCUCCGCGACUUCCCAUCCACCUCCAACCCCACAGCAUCACUUACCUCAACAGCAAACGCCAUCGCAUUCACAUCAAUAUCAUAUACCACGAGUCGGCGGCCCCUACUCAUAUAAUCCUCCCUCUGCUACCGAAAACAUGUCACUCGCAGUAGCAAAUUACGAACCUCGACUCCAAAUGCCAUUGACACUCCGUCCUAUAAUAACCCCAGGAAACAACCCCAUCGAAUUUGCGCGACGUCAAAGAGCUUUGAAGGAUGCAGCUGCAGCCGCAGAAGGUGCCAAAAAUAGCGUUAUUCCCAAAGGGAUGAUGUUGCCUGGCACUGGCUUUGACGGUCCUAAUAUUUACGUUCGGUGCCUCUGUUCUUUGAGGUCAGGUAUCAAAGCAGAGCAAGAUUACGCUCUACACCAUUUGGUUAAGAUCUCAAUGGAGCGAGGUGAUAAAUACAAAUUCGAGGGGUUUCCGGGUCUGGCUGAAGCCUUGAUCGAGAAAAUGCUCGAAGUCAGUUCAUUGUUUUACGAUGUCCAUUGGCGUAUAUCCUACACGGAAGAUGGCGAAAUGGUCUCGACCACUGACACAAUCAAUGGUUUAGAAGGCACACCAGAUAUAUUGGAAAGAAUCAAGCACUUAACUAAGCUGCAAGUCGACGAUAACAUCCAGACCGAGGAAUUUAGUGACAAACUUCUUCAGAUCAACGAAGCAGCAUUGACUAUGAGAAACAUGGUAAUGUUAGAGGAGAAUGCUUUUUACGUAUCAGAACUUGCACCUCUACGAGAUUUCCUAAGCAUUGCCUUGAACCUUCCCGACUCUGAUACUGUUGUAGAGUUAAAACACUACGCUUUAGACAUUGCCGAGCAGCUUACCAAGUAUCUUCAUUUCGAGGUUGGAGAUCCCCUUUAUCUCUCACUUCUUGCGCAAUUGAAUUCGCAGGAUCGAGGCGCUAUCUUGACUUCACUGAGAGCCAUCAGCAGAAUAUCAAUGAACCUGGAAGAAAAUAAUCUUCUUAAAGGUGUACCGGCAUCAGCUGUACAAAAUAUCAUCGAUUGGACCUUGCUAAAUGAUGAAGAUCUCGCCCAUGCUUGUUUGGAUUUCCUCUAUCAAUACACAGCGGUAGUUGAGAACGUGGAUUACCUCAUCACAGAGGUAAAAGCCGAGCCUCUAGUCAAACAGUUAACGCGACUUCUCAUGCACGGCGCUCGCAUCAUCGAAAAGGAGUUCAAUCUUGGCACGCAAUACAGAAAGCCUGCACCUUCAGAAGUUGCGCCGAUUCCACAAGACCUACUUUUCGAAAUCGCCAAGUUUGACGAACCAGAGCGCAGCUCACGCUGGCUGCGUUGUCUUUACGAAGAAGAUCCGGAUGAGUCCAUUACACAAAUCGCUUUAUGGCACGCUUAUCAACAACAGUUUACUUACCUGGCCUCUCAAACAUCGAAGCCACUUCUUCCUGCCGCAGAUUUCAUCAAAAAUGUGAGCACGACCUUUGGCGAUAAAGCGAAUGCCCAAGUUCAAACUGGUCCUGUAACAAAAUUCAUAAUCAAAGGUAUUCGAUGCCGCAGUGAGCCAGUGGAUCUACAAGGGGAGAUAUAUACCAAAUGCUUAUGGCGCACUCAUCUUGGACGACCUUGUGGAGAAUUCUUCAUGACCCCCGAAGCAGGCUACCAGCAUAUUCUCAAAACUCAUUUCGGAGCCCAGCUUAAUGCGGAAAACAAAUACCAAAACUCGGCUGCAAAUCAACAAUAUGUGUGUGCAUGGGACACAUGUUCUCGCUUCCGCUCCUCUCCCGCCACCAAACUUUCUGAAGUUGCUACUCAUAUCAAGGUACAUCUACCUCCUAAGCGCACCCCUGCCAAUGAACGCGAAUCUCAAGAAAUUUCUGGUCCGCCCCCGGCCAAGAAAUUCAAACCUUCAUAUAUCGUCCAACCACCUCGCAUCAGCUUCAAAUACCACUUCACAGCCGUAGAUGAACAUAACGAUGCAGCAGGUAUUCCGCUCAGCGCUGUACUCGUUCUCCGAAACUUGGCGAGGAAUGUUAGUAAAACUGAAGCAGAGGAGGCUGCUCUCAAGGAGGAUGAGGUUUCUUGGGUCGAUCGACUGUUCAAGCCGGUGGAGCCAAGGUUGUUUGCGAUUUAUGCGCAUAAUAAGAUUCUGGCAACAUACAUGACGGAUCUUCUGGUAGCAAUCAAAGACACACAUAAUUGA